AUGACGGCGGUGCCAAGACGGCGGCUGUGCGUCCCGAAGCAGAAGCGGCGAGGGGUCAACGAUGGCGGCAACCUACCUCCCGUAGACAGAGGUCGAGGCGCAUACACUUACCUCUUCGCCAGCUUCCUCUUCGAGACCACUACAUGGGGAGGCGCCUAUGCCUACGGAGUGUUUCAAGAAUACCACACGCAUAAUCCCGCCUCGGCCCUCUAUGGCAAAGCAUCCCCGGCAGCGACCUCUGUCGUCGGUACCCUAGUCUUGGCUGGUCUGCACUUCUCUCCGCUCCUCACGCGUGGCUUCUUUCGUACCAACCCACACUUGAUCAAGCGCACAUCGAUGUGCACGAUACUCAUAGCUGUCGUAUCGCUCAUCAUCGCCAGCUUCUUCGGGGGCAACAUUGCUGCCUUGAUUGCCUUUCAGGGCAUCAUCUACGGCGUAGCCGCCGGCAUUACCUUCACCGCCGUGAUUCUCUGGCUCCCACAAUGGUUUGACAAGAGGAGAGGUACUGCAAGUGGAGUCAUCUAUGCUGGUAGCGCUGUAGGCGGUACUGUCUUCCCUUUGAUCAUCAAUGCCCUGCUGCAACGCGUCGGUUUUGCCUGGACCGUACGCAUUCAAGCCGCCUAUACCCUUGUGCUGAUGUGCAUCGCCAUAUACCUCAUUCGACCUCGAUUGCCAAUACCAUCUAGAGACGCCGAGCCUCGUCGCUCUUUGCUACGCUCUCUGGCUCCAGACGGUCUCAAGGUGUUGCUCCGGCCAUUGUCCCUGCUCUACAUUGGGAUUCUCGUCUUUCACGCCGGCGCAUUCAACACCGUCAGCCUCUACCUUUCCUCGUAUACCACGUCUCUCGGCUUCAGCCCUGCCACAGGGACAGGCGUCCUUUCAGCUUUCAAUGCAUGCGCAUUUGUCAGCUUCCUCACCAUCGGCCGUCUGAUUGACGCUCUGAGCACACCGGUGCUCAUGUCCAUCUGCGCUACCAUCAGUGCCCUCUCUGCCUUUUUCUUCUGGGGCUUCUCCAACUCACUCGUCCUCCUCAUCAUAUUCACCCUCGUAUUUGGCGCCACUGCAGGCGGUUUCACCACUUUCCUGACUCCCGCUGCCAAAGACAUCUCCUCGAUGAACAAUCAAGAGACAUCGACCGUCUACCUCGCACUGAUCUUCCUGAGGGGCAUUGCCGUGGUCCUCUUCCCGCUCAUUGCCGGAACCAUCUACGAUUCCGAAAAGGGGACCAGCUUCCAGCUCUAUGGCCUGGGAGGCUUCCGAGGGUUGGUCAUCUUCACUGGCUGCAUGAUGCUCGUGCCUGGAGCACUUGCCACGGUCGUCAGCCGCUACCGAAAGUCGCUCUUGGUCAGUGGGACAACCGGCGCUACCACUGGGUGA